AUGAUCCCCCGAUUGGCCCUGCUGCUCUUAUCCUACGCACACUCUACCCUCGCCGGAGCUCACAUCGACGUACAAAACGGCGUCACAGCGGAUGUGCAAGAAUACGUAAUGGGCUGGCCGGUCAAGCUGACUUUGCCCACUGCGUACGAGCUAACACUCCGACAGAGGAAACAGUAUGCGAGCUGGAAGACUAUCCAGAUUGGAGACAGAUAUCGCCCCGCCUUGAACGAAAACAGUACCUGUACGAGUGCCAGGUGUCAGCUUCCGGACAGAGGCGAGGUCUCGCCUCCGCCGGGACCAUGGCUUGUCACACCGGACGGUCUCGACCGCGCGAUCGACAUCAUCACAGUCAACCUUGAGCCGCCAAGAUAUGAACUUACCUACUGGACCGGAACUAUUAGGGACGAUAAUGCCUAUGCAGAUGUCUGGGACCGAGACAACCUUUUGGGAGGCGUCCGCUUCCAAUUGAGUGCCGACCUCCUCAUCAGCAGAUUCUCGCUUUUUCGAUACCCGAUAUUUGACAGAUGCUGCACGGGCAAAGUCGGCGCAACUUUCUUUGUCGAUGCACUCACAGGCGCCGUCAAUAUGAUACGCUCUGAUAUCAGACUCGUAUGCAAACAGCUCGGAGACCAUCGGAUGGGAGCCUGCACUGACGACGACUUACGACUACUUGGCAAUCCGCCUGAGAGCGUCGCAUGUGCAGGCGAAGUCAUCCUCAAGCGAAGGAACCCUUAUGGCAGCGCGACGGCAUAA